AUGCAAUCCCGGUUCCUCUUGGUCCUGAUCUCCUGUGCGGCUGUGAUGCAGAUGGCACACGCCGCAACUAUUCGCCUUCCACUUUCCUUUACGCCCACACCGUCAGGCCCUCCGGCCAUCUCUGAUAGGAACGAGGCGGAGACCAAUGGCCCACCUACGUUCGAUUUCAAGCGGCUCGACUCGGAGUCCGAGAGGAGUGAUAUCUCGAACAUAGCAGAUAGAGACGAUGCGAAGCUCAUAGGACCGCCUAUAUUUGAUUUCAAGAGACUCGAGUCCUCGGGGCCCGGUGGGACCUUGGACAUUAGAAACGACGCGGAGCUCACAGGACCCCCUGGCAGUGGUAUUGAUUUCGAGUGA